CAUAACACGUAUAAAUAUACCUUGAAAAAGUUUUUUCUAUGCCUACCUAAGUAUUCAUUCUGUCAUGAAUACAUUCGUAAUAAUAUUUUGCAUUACCCUUGCUUUGGGGUUAACUAAUGGGUGGGAUGGCUGGACGGUCUACAAUGCAGAUCCAAAUAAGAAUGUGGAUAUUGUGGAUGGCUACGGCAAGGUUGUCGACGAUGGCGACUAUGCCAAUUCCUACAUUCGUGAAGGAAGCCUCUACAUUAAUCCCAUGGAAAUCACUACAGAACUAAUUUCAUUCUUCGAAACUUCGGAAGACAUUCCAGAAGAAAGUAAAACCUGGCCAGUAGAAAAUAUAGCAUAUCUGUUACAACCCGCGGCAGCUUUCGAUACUCUCGAAAUAGCUAAAGAAAUUCCUGAACAAAUUAUCCCAAAAAAAAGCACAAAACGGCUUUUUAAAAGAAGAACUACAACUCAACCGUUUGCAGAAGAAGCCACAAAAGUACCAUUUAAAGUAGUAAUUACAGAAGAACCCACAGAGGAAUUCAUAGGACCAUCAGAACCUGGAAAACAAACACAUACUCAGACCGAAGGACAUAAUAUAGAAAAUGACCUACCACCUGAAUGUCGGCCGCCAGGAGGAAGUAUGCAAAGUAAACAAGAUUUAGUAAACAUCAUAGAUUUUGUUUCAAGUAAUGAACUACAAGUUGUUGAUAAAAUAAAUCAAAGUUAUUUCGAUAACGCUGUAGCUAUACGUACCAAGCUCGAGAAGAAUAUUGCAUCAUUCAUAUCAUGGUUAAAAGACCGUCCUCAACAUUUAAAGCAUAAUUUACGAGAUAUAAGAAAUAUCCGGAAUAAGAUACAACCGAAAAUGGAUAACUUUAAUAAAGAUAUGGAAAAGUUUCCUAAAUCUGUAGGCAUUUAUCACGACAAAAAACAGGCAGUCGAUAAAUUAAAGAAAGAAGUAGAAUUCGUCAAGAGCAUUUGUACUAAUAAUUGUGGGCCACGUAGUCAACAAAUUAAUUUUUUAAGUAAAGACUGGAAUGAGGCUUUUUACUGCGCUCCUAUCAAAGACAUAUAUCAGAAAGUUACAACAGAUAUGAAACAUUUUAUUAACAGCACAACUGAUGAUAUGAUUCAUAAACUUGAAGAAGAUGAAAAGGAAUAUGAUAAAGAAAUAAAAAGGCUUAAAGAAGAGUUAAAAUAUUUAGCUUUGAAAACGUUUGGUCAUACAAUGUAUGAUAUAUUAAACUUGUUAGACGAUUAUCAUCAUAUAGAAGAAAAAUUUAAAGAUGUUGGCGGCGUGCUUUAUAACGUGUCAAAUGAGUUUAUUGAAAUAACUUUGACACUAUCAACCGCACAGCAUGCCGUAAAACAACUUAAACAGCUGUGCUUUUCAUGUAACAAUGAGUUUUCACGCUUAAGGUUCCAGAAACUUUUGCAGAAAAAUUUAUUAGAUAAAUUAAUACAAGAAAACCAAACUAUAAUCCGCGAAAGGCUAAAUGAAGUUUAUUUAGAAAUUUUUGUCGAUUUAAAUAAGAAAGUACGCAUCACUGACGAGGAAACACAGAAAUUCAUAGACAACCUAAAACCAAUUGAAGAGGAAAUUUCCAAGAUAACAACAGAGGAAACGAAGAUAUAUAAUGAUCUCAUACAAACUUUAAAUUUGAAUAGAUAUGAUGAUGUACUUGCUUUAGAUUCAAGUACAAAAACAUUAAAUAAAGUAGUAAUGGAUAUGAAGGACGAAGUAGAAGAUCUCAUAAGAAAAUACAAAAAGAAUUAAUUAUUUUUGAAUUUGAUCAUCAUGAAACUACCGUGUUUCGGUAUCGUAUUUUUCACAAUUUUUAAUAGUUUUGUUAAGUUUGUCAAGCUUGUAUAGCUUAUUAUUAAAUAAUUUAUGUUACA